UUUCUCAACCAUUUUUUCGCUAAAGCAAUACUUCUUCUGCUGCUGUGUUAUCAUUUAAACAGUUAAGUACGAAGCAUCUAUUUUCGGGAGGAAGUAUUUAGAGUUCUAUUUCGUAUUCCUGUUGAGCCUUAAAAUGUUACCCAUCCGGCUAGCUUGCUACGGUCUUCGUUCAGUGGCUGCCAACUGCAAACGAAUAAAUAUUGGUUCUUUUUCGAAGAUUACUCGAGAAUUUUCAUCUGAUGAACGGCCACAGUUUCCUGGAUCACGCUCCCAAUGGACUGAAAAGUUGGAAUUCAUUCGCCCUGACCUUUAUGAUGGUAUUCCAGUUUACAGAGUUAUGGAUCGCAAAGGACAAGUCAUAGACCCUAGUCAGGACCCUCAACUGCCCCAAGAUAUGGUCAUCAAAAUGUACAAGUGCAUGACCCAACUUAAUACCAUGGAUAGGAUUUUGUAUGAAUCUCAACGUCAGGGAAGAAUUUCCUUUUAUAUGACAAACUAUGGAGAGGAAGGAACUCACAUUGGUAGUGCAGCUGCUUUGGAUCCAAAGGAUCUCAUUUUUGGCCAGUACAGAGAAGCUGGAACAUUAAUGUGGCGAGGGUUCACCUUAGAUCAGUUCAUGAACCAAUGUUAUGGCAAUGUUGAUGAUGGUGGCAAAGGAAAGCAAAUGCCAGUUCAUUAUGGCUCAAAAGAGCUUAAUUUUGUGACCAUUUCAUCACCUCUUGGCACUCAGAUGCCACAAGCUGUGGGGGCAGCUUACUCCUACAAAAGAGCCCAGAAUGGGCUUUGUGUCAUGUGCUACUUUGGCGAGGGAACAUCCUCAGAGGGAGACGCUCAUGCCGCUCUCAACUUCUCCGCAACUCUCGAUUGUCCAGUCAUCUUUUUUUGCCGUAAUAACGGAUACGCCAUUUCAACGCCUUCCAAGGAACAAUACCGUGGUGAUGGAAUUGCAGGUCGCGGCCCAGCUUACGGUAUGCUUACUAUACGAGUUGAUGGAAAUGACGUGUUUGCCGUCUACAAUGCAACGAUGAAAGCCCGUCAAGUCGCUCUUAGUGAAAUGCGACCUGUUUUGAUCGAAGCAAUGACCUAUCGAAUUGGUCACCACAGCACAUCCGACGAUAGUACUGCCUAUCGUAGUGUAGAUGAAGUUCGCUACUGGGACGAGCGAGACCAUCCCAUUUCUCGCUUGAGAAAUUAUAUGUUGUCAAAGGGUUGGUGGGGAGAUGUCCAGGAGAAAGAGUGGAAGGAGGACUGCAAACGUCAAGUAAUGACGGCCUUCGCUCGCGCUGAGAAGAAACUUAAACCCAACUGGAAAGAAAUCUUCACAGAUGUGUACCAUGAAAUGCCCACCCACAUAACGGAACAAAUGAAACAGAUGGAAGAGCAUGUACAAAAAUAUGCAGAACAUUAUCCGUUGAAGAAUUUCUCGAAAGAUUCAAGUAUUUAGAGGAAAGCUUUGUGUUGAAAUACGACUGAUGUCAUAAAGCAGAAGAAAAAAUAUUACUAAUAAUAAUAUAAAUGUGUUGACAGAGAUAUACGGUACACACA